UCGUCGUCCGGUAGCGCCUUGUUAACAUGAACCUCCUGGCAUUGUUAGGGAUAUGUAUGUUCAAUUACUACCCAGGUUGGGCUCUCGGGGCUGCUGAAGGGGUUCGGGUUGAACAGACUCCAAGAACUCUCCUGGUGACUGAAGGAGGGACGGCGAUCCUGACCUGUUACUAUUUCCCUGAAGGAAUUGAGGACUAUGCAAUCAAUUGGUUUAAUCAACCAGACAACCGAAGUCAUCAGGACGAAGCAAUUGUUUAUUUGGACAGGCUCAAGGCAAAUGAUUCAAUCCGACUGGUCCAUACAUUAGAUCGGGAACGAAAUAUAUCCCAGUUAUCAAUUAGCGAGCUUCAGCUCGCAGACAGCGGCACGUAUUAUUGUGAAUUGCUGCCUUUGAGUCAACCGUCUCUGAAAGAGUUGCGGGGGAAUGGAAGCAGGUUGACAGUGACGGAACGCGAUCAAUACAAAAAUCCGUUCCUUUACCAAUUGCUGUGCAUACCGCUGAUUUUAUGCGUUAUCUUCCUCGCUGUAGUAUUCAACAAGAAAAUGAAACAGAAGGAAGAAGCUGAACACAGCUCCCCGCCGACCGGGACUAUCCCAGAGGACACUUCAAGGCCAGGUACAUCAAUAUAUGCAACCUUGUUUUCUGCAAGAAGUGGAGAAGACCCGCAGGACCUGGAGGUGGAGUAUUCAACGGUGAACAGACGCAAACCAGAAAGCAAGACAGAAAGCGGACUCGAAGAGCAAAUGGUUUACACCCCGCUGCAGUUUAAACAGAGUGAAGCUCAGAUGCGGUAGAGUGCAGCUUACAGUCCUUGAAAAUGUUCUGACCAAACGUUAAUGUUGGAAGAAAGCUACAGAUCUAAAAUCAGGAAACGCUGACAGCGUUCGGUAGAUUACGCAGCUUUCGGGAAGAGAAGAACCUCGUGUGGCAGCAUCAUUCUUCCUGUCAUUUGGGAUAUUUUCUAAUCACCCUGUUGUCUCAGGUUCUCCAGCAUCUGCUGUUCCUUACUAUCUCUGAAACUAUUUGCUCCUGCUGUGUUUUAGUCAUUCUGCAAACUGAUCUUGUAAUCAGAUGUUUCAUGAAUCAGAUGUAUGAUGGAAGAUGCCGAUUCGGACGUAUAGUGAGGAAGGAAAUAAUGGCGGAGGCACUUGUUUAAACUCAUCUGACAUAGGUGCUCAUGUGCAGUUAUAAACGUGAAAGAUGCUGUCAGUGGUCCCAUGUUGCUGCAGGACAAGCAGUAAAGUAUUGAGGUUCACUGGAAAGCAUUCCAUUAGAAAUCAUUGAAAUAAUGACAGUUUACUGUUAUUCUCUCAGUCCCGACUGAGGCUACCGUGAAGGACUCUUUUCAACCUCUCUCCUUGCCUGAGGCUUGUUGACACUCAUGUUAAACCAUCACUAAUCGUCCCUCGACAGUAAGAGUGCAGCUCUAUAGACUGGUAGCACUGUAGCUACCUUACCCUACUUUUCUCACUAGUAGAACUGGUAGUGUAGUAAAAUAUCAAAU